CCAGCUCGACACUUUGUUAUCUCUAAAAAGGAAGUGGAAAUUGUGCAGCAGCCCAUACAGGAAAACACUGUUGUUUUGAAAGAUAAAAAGGUAAAUUGUGUGAUGCAGGAUCCCAAGGGAGGUUUUGGUUUCAGGUGCCAAUGUCAAAUUCCAAACAAAAAGGAAUCAGUGCACCUGGAAGCUCACCAGACACUCCAGCCACUUUGACGCCCCACCCCCAUGAGUUCCUCAAGUAUCACAGGCUUUGGAUGCGUAGUGGUUGUUAGUUGAUGCUGUAACAUCCAAUUGCACUGGUGCUGUUCAGCCCACUCCUCUGCUGUCCAGUACAUAGAGCCUGGCCACAUUGACACCCUAGCCACCAACUGUACCUUAAACUUUGAUAACAGAGAGCCUGUUCCUGAGCAGCACCUCCCUUAUGACAGCUGCCACUUCAAUAAACAGUGAACUACAGUAAGAAGGUUGUAUUAUGCUAGAAGAAUUGUAUGUUUAGCCAGAGAAACUGGGCCAAAGCACUAUGCAAAGCUACCUGCAUUUGAACUCAAGAUGGCAAAUGUCAAAUAAUUUAAAUUCCCCAGUUGCUGUGGAUGGAUUUGAACUUUCAUUUAUGAAAUGGUACUCUAGCCUUAAAUAAUGUAAACCCACUUAACUAUCUACAAUGCUUCCAUAAUCCCUGCAAAUUAUUUCUUAUUUAACUCUUUUGAUCCUCUAAUCUGUUGAAGCCCUUUUUCACUUUUUUUUCCUCCUUCCUACAAUCUCCAACCUUUUUAAGACUGAAGUAAGCUGUCACCUAAUCUAUGUAGCUUUGUUUUGAAGCAUCCCACCCAGACCUAUUCCCCUAUAACCCACACCCCCCCGAACACUAUGGGCAAUUUAGCACGGCCAAUCUACCUAACCUGCACAUCUUUGGACUAUGGGAGGAAACAAGAGCACCCGGAAGAAACCCACGCAGACACGGGGAGAAUGUGCAAACUCCACUCAGACAGUCGCCUGAGGCUGGAAUCAAAUUUUACGUUAAUCUUGGUUUUGAGAUUCUCUGCUUAAAAAGCAUGCUGAUUUAAUAUUUACAGGUUGUCUCUGAAUCUCUCCAAUACCUAGGUACCGAAGUACAGAGAAGUUAAUAUAACCUGGAGUCAUAGUGGAACACCUUUAACAAAUUUAUUGGAUUAAUCCUGACUACAGUUUAAAAUUUAGCACCUCCAAGGAAACAAAAUCUGUAUGCAAUCUCCUUCUAAACUUUAGUUUGUACCUUUUAUAUCAAUGUCGCAAUUUCGUUAGUUUAGCUGUCUGAGUGCAACUCCAGUAGGAGACCAGGGAGGCACAAAGGCUGAUCCAAGCACUGCAAUUUCAAUGUUAUUUAUCAUUCUAAUAAUGAUUAAAAUCUGGGCUCAAUGUUACUGAUAUGAACACUGUAGAGAUUCAGUAUACCUGAAGGGUUUUGCAUUACAGAGGUGCAAGACACAAUAAUAAGAAAACUAGUGAAUUACUUUAAUUUUUUUCUUUUGGUGGUUGUUGGGGAUCAUUUUAGUUUCUACAGUACAUUUCCUCCAACUCUUUUUUUUUCCCUCUGUGCAGUGUUCAUAUGACUUCAUAUUUGAUUCACAAACAUAAUUUUUCUUCACUAGGAGAGUGUGAAUAUGUUUUCAAUGAGCAAACUUUUGAGUAUCGUCAAACUAUUUAUUGGAAUCACAUUUGAGAUGGUAGUUUCAUUUUAAUUAAUAUUUAUGUUUUCUUUCAGAUAAAUAAUCUCCACAUAGCUGAAAAGAUUCUUCAAAGUAAACUAUUUUUGACUGUUCUUGUGGGAUUAUUCUUCAUUGAAACAGAAAAAUAGAAUAAAUUUGGUAAUAGAAAAGGUGGUGAAAAUUAAAAUUGCAGACAAAAUGGAGCAGUCAAGUGUUUGUCUUUGGGUCAAAUAUGAAACCUUCAUUGUUGGGGUAUUGCAGAUCCCACCUCCUUCAAAAUUCAGUAUGCACUAUCUUCGAAAAAUGGCAACAUAUGUUCGAACAAAGGGAGGAGAUGGUGGUUAUCCCAGACUUUCUUGGCCUAUGUGGAGGCACAUUGCUUGUGGAAAGUUGCAACUGGCUGAAUAUUUGGCUUGGCUGUAUUUUGAAACAUUUGACAGCCUUUUAGAGAGAAGUUCAGAGGAGAGGCUGGAGUGGGCUGAGGCAGUAUCUCAUUGCAGGUCGGAAGAGGAAAUUGACAAACUGAAAAAUAAGCUGUCAGUAGACACGCUGCAAUUCCUGCUGUUUCUGUACGUACAGCAGCUGAACAAAGUUUCUCUUCGAACAUCCUUGAUUGGAGAGGAAUGGCCAAGUCCCAGGUGUCCAUCACCUGAUCUGGAUGGAAAAUCUAAUUCUCAGAACAAGAAUAUGGAUGACCACAACCAUCUGGCAUUUGUUCUGAACCACUUGUCAGAGUUGUUGGAGCUUCUCCUAGACCCUGAACAACUCACUGCUUCAUACCACACAACCCAUGACAGUAUGAUAUCUAUAGAAGCAGUUAAAGCAUUGAACUUUCUCAUUGAAGGAAGUGUUGGUCAGAAUGAAGUAAUUUAUCCUGUACACGAACUGGCUCUCUGGCAACCAAUUCUAGCCACAUCUGGCUACUCCAGACUUUCCAAGAUGUUCUGUUUCCAUAAACUACAGAGCUGGUUGAGAAGCGUGCUGGGACCAAAUCCAUUUGGCACUGCAGUCUGCUUUCGAAAAGGGAAGAAACUGGCAUGGGCGCAGCAAGUUGAAGGUACGACAAAAAGGGCAAAGAUUGCAUGCAAUAUUUAUACAGCACCUAAAGGCCACAAGGUGGUGGUAAUGACACAAGUGUACAAGCAAACCCUGGCUAAGAGCUCGGAUCAUCUAGUUGGAGCUCACAUUAAAAUUCAUCGCUGCAAUGACUGCUAUAUAUAUCUCUUAUCUCCUUUCAGGUCUGUCAGUAUUGAGAAGUGCCGAAAUACAACCUUUGUUCUCGGUCCUGUUCAAACAACCAUCCACAUCCAUAGCUGCGAUGACGUGAAAGUAAUAGCUAUCUGCCACAGACUUUCAGUCUCAUCAUCAUCUUCAUGUACUUUUCACUGUCUCACACCCACCAAUCCUCUAAUCAUGUCUGGAAACAUGAGCUUAACAUUUGCUCCGUACCAUACUUACUAUCCAUUGUUGGAGGAUCACAUGGCAAAAACAGGGAUAGCCACGAUCCCCAAUUACUGGAAUAAACCAUUAUGUAUUGGUGUGGACAACAAUGAAAUGCCUGUCUAUCAGUUGCUAUCCCCCAGAGAAUUUCAUCUGUUUGUGAUCCCGUUUGAAAUCGAGGGUGAUACAAUGGAAAUCCCGGGAGGACUACCACCACAAUAUGAAAAGGCUGUAAGACAGAGAGAGCAGAAGAUUCAGAAUUGGCAGAAGACUAUUAAGGAGGCUGGACUUAGCAAGGAACAACGCAAGCUGUUUCAAAACAUAGUGGAGCAAGAGUUCUGUGAAUGGCUUGAUCAAACCGGACAUCGUCAGCAACUCGACAGUCUCAUCCCAGCUCCUCCUCUCUCAAAACAGACUACCUGUUGAUGCUUAAGUUGUUUUGGGAAUUAUACUUAUUACUAUAGUUGAACCAAAUGCGAUCUCCUGUUAUUGCAUGUCUUUCAGAUGUACUUUUUUGUGAGUCUUUGUCAUUCAAUUGUGGUUAAACUACACUUUUCACAAAGAUGUUUUACAAGAAAUUUAUGGCACACAUUUGAGAUAUUAGUGCCAUUACUGUAUUUCAAAUAGCUUUACAUUAAACUUUGUAACAAGGCCAACUAGGAUUGUCUUAUAAUUAGAUUUUGUUCAGGAUACAUUUCACUUCUGUUCUUCGCACCAAUGUAAUGGCAAUUUAUACAGUCUUUUAAAACAAAAUCAUUCAUACAGUAUGGUUUUACCGUUGGCUCUAAUGAAAAUUCAUUUUCCAUACAAGGUGCUUGACCUCUCACUGUGGAUGUAGCUUUAAAGCCAAAGAGAUAGAGAAAUAAUCCCUGUUCAUUAGAAAUCUCUGUGUGUCUCUUCUUCCCCUAUCUUCCACCAUCACCAACCCCUUUCCCCACCAAAACCAUCUCUUCCUCACUUCUGCUGGCAGUUUCAAAAGCUUUAACUGUGUUCCUAACACAAUUGGGAUCUUUAAUAAAUUUUGAGAUGUAUUUCCUUAAUUUUUUUAACAUUCUCAAGGGCAACGAAGAAUGGGCAAUAAAUGUUGGCUGAACCAGCAAUGCCCACAUCCCACAAGUGAAUCGCUUCUUAAAAAAAGUGUUUUUGUGGCCAAAUAAAAACGUUCAGUUCUGCUUUCUGUUUUUUUUUUAAGUCCAAGUGAUUUAAGAUCCCAGAUGAUUUAUCACUCCAGCCUCUGUUACUACACGGAGUGAUUUGAAGUUGCUGGUCCAACAGGGGAGCAUCUUUGAAAUUAAGGGUUUUGAAAAUCAAAUUUGUUCAGUUAUCUUGAAUUAGACAUUACAUCCAUUUUGUGUAAGUCUUAAACUAAUACAGUUGAUUUGUUGCAGUAAUUUUACUACUUUUGGGAAUAUUUGUAUUGCCCUUGAUGAGUAACAUUCUGUAAAUACUCAAAUACAAAAAUGAAAAAUAAUAUAUCCUUUAAUACUAAUUGGAUAAUAAAUUUAUCUUUUCAACCAAUUAACAACUAAAAUGUUGAAUCCCAACUGCAUUGUGUUCCUCUGGUUUGUUAGAUUAGAUUAGAUUCCCUACAGUGUGGAAACAGGCCCUUUGGCCCAACAAGUCACACCCCCCUUUUUGAAGCAUCCCACCCAGACCCAUCCCCCUGUAACCCACACACCCCUGAACGCUACAGGCAAUUUAGCAUGGUCAAUCCACCUAAUCUGCACUCUUUGGACUGUGGGAGGAAACUAGAGCACCUGGAGGAAACCCACGCAGACGUGGGGAAAAUGUGCAAACUCCGCACAGUUGUCCGAGGUGGGAAUUGAACCCGGGUCCCUGGUGCUGUGAGCCUGCAGUGCUAACCGCUGAGCAACUGUGCUGCCCCCUUGUGCAUUAAAUUAAACAUGGUUUUAGGAUUAAUAAUAUUUUUGUUCAUUUUUUUAAAACUUCUACUUUAGGAAAGGUGGAAUUUUUUUUUAAAUUGUGGAGUUAAUACUUUGUAAUUUUGUUUUUUUGAUUUUAAGCUAUCUCCAUCUUCCUGAGAACUUAAAAUUUUCUCAUAUUUCUGCAAGUGGUAUUGGUUAGCUAAGUAAAGCCACAGUCCAAAGAGUUCUGUCUACUAAAUGUUUCACUAGAGGGAAGUGUUUGCCUUCAAUUGGCAUCUCCCUGCAGAUAUAUAAAUCCAGAUAUCACUCCUGCCAUGCCAGGAAUAAGUCUGGUAAACCUUCAUUGCGCUGUCUCCCAAGCAGUGCAUCCUACCUCAAAUAAAUGGAUUAAAACUGCACAGUAUACUCCAGAUGUACUCUCACCAAGGCCCUGUGCAAAUGCAACAAGGUUUUACUGCUCCUGUACUUGAAUCAUUUGCUGUGAAGGCCAGCACACCAUUUGCUGCCUUCACCACCUGCUGCGACUGCAUGCUUACUUUCAGCAAUUGAUAUACUACGACACUCGGAUCUCAUUGCACCUUCCCCCCUUUCCCAAUCUAUCACUAUUCAGGUAGUAAUCUACCUUCCUGUUUUUGCUACCAAAGUGGAUAACGUCACACUUACUGUAAAUUGACUGCUGAUGGGUUAUGAGUGUGGACAUGCUCUCAUGUAGUGUACACAAAAUCCUGGGAGAUGUGUUUAGAUUCUGAAUUGCAAAAGGUGGAAUCAAUGCCAGUUACUCUGUAGAGAGGUUACAGAGCUUUUUUUUAUAUAUAGUUUCCUGGCAGACACCCAUGAAAUAUUGUUGCAGCAAUCAACACACAUGGACUUUGGCCAAUAGAAAUAUGUGACAGAGGGAAUUCACAAUGAGUUUUGAAGGCAGAGAAAUGUUGUGCAAUGUAGUAACAGGCUGGAGUGAUAAAAUGGUGUAUAUCCAAUCAGUCCACCUUCAUUUGAAAUACAACUGCUUUCCUCUUCCACCCGAUCCCCAGUUCACUGCCUACAUUAAGUAAAAUCUAAGUUCUUCCAUUUGAUCGAGCAAUACUGAAAUGUUAUCGUUUAUCCAUUGCCUAAAUUGGUUGUAUUAGGAAUAGGCAGGAGAAUGGAACAUUAGCAGGUACAUACAUUCUCCCAAAUGGGCAGAUGAAUAAAGGGCGUUAAAGAGAAAGGCAUACCUCGAAACAUUGAAAGAAUGAACUCAAGUUAACAUUUAGAGGAGAAUGCUCUUUGACCACCAAAUUGGGUAUAUUUCAUGACUAGGAACCUCUUGUUUCUUGGUGAACAUAUUUAAUGUUUAAUAAUACCCCACCUAAAACACAUCAGUCACAAGAAUUUGGUUAAGGCAAGUUAAUUCUUAAGAAUCUUUUUAAAACAGACAGAUGUAACACAGUUACUUCAAGCCUUUGUCAACGGAGCACUGUCAUAAAAUUUGAAAACUAAAUAAGGAUCUGUAAAAUAAAAAUAGGCACGAAUCUAUUUUUGAUCAUUAGCUGCAGCGUAAUGUAAGAACUAACCUGACAAAAGUUGUUAUUUGUUCUGCACUGUGUUCUGUUUUUUCACCCUUUCUUGAAGA